UGACGUCACAGAUCACGUGCCCUGUCAGAGUUGGCCGUAACGCUCGGCUUUCUAAAUGAAAAUAUUGUUUAUAAUAGCGAGUUGUUCAUGCUUCUUCCCUUUACCAUAAAGAGGAAACAGAGACGCCAUUAGCAGGAUGCAGCCCCUCAAGGAUGCCCAGUUGGGGGCUUUUACCUUCUUCGCCUCGGCACUCCCUCAUGACGUGUGCGGCAGCAACGGCCUCCCGCUGACCCCCAACUCUAUCAAAAUCCUGGGACGCUUCCAGAUCCUGAAGACCGUCACCCAUCCCAGACUCUGCCAGUAUGUGGACAUCUCCAGAGGAAAGCAUGAACGUCUCAUCGUUGUCGCCGAACACUACGAGAGUAGCUUGAGUGAUUUCCAAAAACAGGGUUACAAAGUCAGCCCAGAAAGGGUUCUACAGAUUGCCUACGAGGUCCUGGAAGGCCUGGCCUUCAUGAACAAACAUGGCAUGGUGCACAGGGCCCUCAAUAUGCACAACGUGCUCCUGGAUUGCAAGGGCAACGUCAAGCUGGCAAAGUUCGGCCUCUAUCACAUGACCAAUCACGGCGCCGACGUCGACUUUCCGAUUGGGUACCCGUCAUACCUUGCUCCAGAGGUGAUUGCGCAGGGCUGCUUUCACCCCAGUGACCCUUCCCACGACGAUGCCCCGCUGCCCUCGGGACCCAAAACCGACGUGUGGUCGCUUGGCGUUCUGCUGUUCGAACUGUGCGCUGGUCGACGGCUGCUGCACAACAUCGACAUAAGUGAGAGGCUGAAGUUCAUUCUAACUCUGGGCUGCAUGGAUGACAUUGUCACAGUCCUCGCCGAAGAGCACGGCUGUGUGGAGAACAUCAAGGAGCUCCCCGAGAAGGUUCUCGACUUGCUGCGGAAAUGCUUGACCUUCCUUCCUUCCAGUCGACCGAGUCCGGCCGAGCUGCUGGGGGACGCCGUGUUCGAUGGCGUGUCGUGCCGCUACGUGCCCUUCCGGAAGCCCGUGAGCCUGUUCUCGUCCUCGCUACGCUGCGCACAUCUGGAGCUCCCCGAGGACAUCGGUGACUUUUGCAAAGAGGACGACGACGACUACCUCUCAGAGCGGGCCAUCAAUGAGGUGUACCACCUGUGGUGCCUCGCAGGGGGUGACCUCGAGAAGGAGCUGACCAACAAGGAGAUCAUCCAGUCCAAACCUUCCAUCUGCACACUUCCCAAUUUCGUCCUGGAGGACGGCGAGUCGUUCGGUCAGGGCAGGGAUCGCAGUUUCUUGCUCGACGACACCACGGUGACGCUAUCUCUGUGCCAGCUCAGGAAUAGACUGAAGGACGUCGCAGGGGAAGCUUUUUUCCCUCUGCUGGAGGACGAACGUUCAAGUCUGACGCCCUCCACCAGCACCAAUGAGCUGUCCGCCGCCGUCACGCUUCCGCUCAUCAUCCGCGAGAGAGACACCGAGUACCAGCUCAUUCGCGUCGUCCUCUUUGACAGGCUGCUCAAGGCUUAUCCUUACAAGAAAAACCUCAUAUACAAAGAGGCCAGGGUGGACAUCCCCCCGCUUGUGCGUGGACUCGCCUGGGCGGCACUGCUGGGCAUCGAGGGCGACAUUCAGGCCAAAUACGCAAGCAUCGACAAGGACACGCCCAUUCCAACUGACAGACAGAUCGAAGUGGACAUCCCACGCUGCCACCAGUACGACGAGCUGCUGUCCUCCCCGCAGGGUCACGUCAAGUUCAGGCGUGUCCUGAAGGCCUGGGUGGUCUCCCAUCCCGACCUGGUCUACUGGCAGGGUCUGGAUUCGCUUUGCGCCCCAUUUCUUUACUUGAAUUUCAACAAUGAGGCAUUGGCGUACGCUUGCAUGUCCGCCUUCAUCCCAAAAUACCUCUACAACUUUUUCCUGAAGGACAACUCGCACGUCAUCCAAGAGUACCUGACCGUCUUCUCGCAAAUGAUCGCCUUCCACGACCCCGAGCUCAGCAACCACUUGAACGAAAUCGGCUUCAUCCCUGACCUUUAUGCCAUUCCUUGGUUCCUGACAAUGUUCACACAUGUGUUCCCGCUCCACAAGAUAUUCCACCUGUGGGACACGCUGCUGUUGGGCGACUCGUCGUUCCCUUUCUGCAUUGGCAUCGCCAUUUUGCAGCAGCUCAGGGACCGCCUUCUUGCCAAUGGCUUCAACGAGUGCAUCCUGCUGUUCUCGGACCUGCCAGAAAUUGACAUUGAACGCUGUGUCCGUGAAUCCAUCAACCUGUUUUUCUGGACACCAAAAAGUGCCACAUACAGACAACACGCGCAGCCACCGAAAGUCUCCGGUGACAACGGCUUUGAAAAAAACGCAACGUACUACACGUCCGACGACCAGGAUUUCCCCAAGUCGGACCUAGCACGGGAGCCCCUCGCACUGUCGGAGCUGAAAGCUGAAGUGUCCCCCCGCAUCUCGGCAGAGGACUUCAUCGACCUGUGCGAGAUGUCGUACGUCGCGAACAACCGGACCAAAGCCAGCAGGCCGCGAAUUAUUGCCGUCGACAUUCGCAGCGCAGAGGACUUCAACAGAGGCCACAUGUCAGGCAGCGUCAACGUUCCCUUGGGCACGGCGUUCGGCGCCGACGACGAGGUGCUGCAGUGCCCGGCGGCGGGAAGCCUGCACAGCUACCGAGGACGGGUCGUCGUCGUCGUCGUCGGCCACGUCGUGAAAAGCGCUUCUGUGUUCGCUGCACACCUUGUCAAGGUCAACUUCCCAUGGGUUUGCAUCCUGGACGGAGGGAUCAAUAAGCUGAAGCCCACGGGACUCCUGACGGUCCCUUCCCCUCAGAUCUGAGCCGCGAGCCGUUUGGGAGGGACGGUGUACAUAUUUGAAGUUGUUUGUUUUGAUAGCGACGCGAAUAAAAUCCGGAUCCACCCUGAUAACGUAGUUACGUACGUAGCUCGGCAGUGAAAAUGAAACGAAGAUUCAGUGGAACUCCUGUCAAAUGAGAUACGGUAGUAGUGGAUUUGCAAAGUAUCCAUCCGUCCAUUUUCUUAGCUGCUUAUCCUCACAAGGGUCACGGGGAACGCUGGAGCCUAUCCCAGCUGUCAACAGGCAGGAGGCGGGGUACACCCUGAGCUGGUUGCCAGCCAAUCGCUGGGCACAUCGAGAACAACAGCCGCAGUCACAAUCGCACUUACAGGCAAUUUAGAGUGUCCAAUUAUUGUUGCAUGUUUUUGGGAUGUGGGAGGAAACCGGAGUGCCCGGAGAAAACUCCACACAGGUGGGUCUGGGAUUGAACCCCGGGACCUCAGAACGGUGAGGCCAACGCUUCACCAGCGGGUCCACCGUGCCGCCGCAAUUUAGAGAGUCCAAUGAAUCAUGCGUGUUUUUGGGAUCUGGGAGGAAACCGGAGUGCCUGGAGAAAACCCAUGCAGGCAUGGGGGAGAACAUGCAAGCUCCACACAGGAGGGCUGGGAUUGAACCCCGGGACCUCAGAACGGUGAGGCCAACGCUUCACCAGCGGGUCCACCGUGCCGCCGCAAUUUAGAGAGUCCAAUGAAUCAUGCGUGUUUUUGGGAUCUGGGAGGAAACCGGAGUGCCUGGAGAAAACCCACGCAGGCAUGGGGGAGAACAUGCAAGCUCCACACAGGGAGGGCUGGGAUUGAACCCAGGUCCUCAGAAGUGUGAGGCCAAUGCUUUACCAGCUGAUCCACCGCGCCGCCUAUUUGCUUACUAACGGAAACCAAAUUGUGAUCAUGACAUGAAGUCAUGAUGAACUGAAUUUUCUAUUCACAAACAGUAAAAUUCUGCAUAUUUUGUAUCUUGUAGUGGCAAAAGAUUUCAUUAUAUCUUAAUAAUUCUAACACGGCAAUUGAGGUCUGCAAAUUUCAAAAAACUAAAUUGUAAAUGUCCCAAUAAAGUGGUGACGAAAGGUGCGAGGCAAAGUUCAAGGGUGAAAUAUUUGCUUCGAGGUCAUUCUUUCCUCGUGUUUUGGGUAUUUUGGGGAAAAUACACCUUUGAAGUAACAAAAACCCCAGAGUUUAUACCAUUAUGUAUCACGAAUGCACAUCGAGAAACUUGAGCCCAGUAAAAAUGUACUCCCAACAGUUUUUAACAUCUGGCUGUAGUGUUGGAGGAAAUUUAUGACCACAGAACAAAAAAAUGUUCUCCUCGUAAGAAUUCAGAAAAAUGCCUUGCGUUAAAAUAUUUUUUUAUUAAUCGAUCAAAAUGCUAUUUCUAUAGCACUUGUAAUGCAUGUGUAAUUACAACAGCUUGUCACUCAUCCUGAGGUGGCCACGCUGUCUAAUGGAUGCCAGCUCACACUGCGCAAAUCUCACUCCUCAGAACCUUAAAGAGGGUCCUGCCGGGAAAACUGCUCGCCCCGACUUUUAGCUUGGCAGUUGGCGUACUUGGCUCGCGAUGGGUGAGGUGGCGGGACCACGUGUUCGAAACCAGAUGUGGUCGAACUGAGCUGGAUCGCUAUUGUUAUACGUUCCUGAUCAUGUUCGAUGUCCUUUUCUUUGCAUCCACCUUCAAUCACUUCGGUGAUUGAGGCCUGGCUAUUUGUUUAUUCCUUUAUUUUUUAACCGACACUCCGGUGGAAACAUUUCCUUGUGCACGUGGUGCACCAAUGACACAAAAAAACCUCAAUUUCAUUUAAGUUUUGUAGCCAUCUCGCUAAACUUCUAACCUCCUGGCAGUAGUCACUGAAAUUGUCUCGGCAGGGAACUUCGGACCCUCUGACUAAAGGGACCACAAGCUUCUCCCCUCCACAGUUAGGCCCAGAAGUGUUUGGACCAUGCCAAUAAAUAAUGCGUUUUAGUCAUUUUGCCUUGAUACACCACCAGCAGCCCAGUCGAUAUAUGGCAGUACCGUAUCGGUAGCAGAAAUAUUUGUUUGGCACAAGGGCAAAGAAUCAAACUCUGGCUCUGUUGGAGCCUGAGGAUGAUAUCAAACGAAGUGGGACGAGGAAGGAAGGCUCUCACUUACUGAGAUUGUCAAGGGCUUCGAUCCAGGUGAGGCGAUGGCAGAAUAUGUGGUGAAACCGACGAGGAGUCCAAAAUCAGGAAAACGACUAGCGAGGGUAGGAAAGAAAAAAAAAAAAGAUUAAUCGGGAACAGAAAGGGGCUGAGACAGGAAA